CAGAGGAUGGGUCUCCGCCUUCCAAUGACGCCAGAGCAAACGUAGAAAAGCGUCGGAUGCGAAGCCAAUAGGAGGAGACUGCGCAAAGCACGCCGGGAUGAUGGAGAAUUUUUCUGCUCUCUUCGGAGGGACAGAACCUCCUCCGUCGACAACAGCUGCCGCGCUAGGCUUUGGCCCUGGAAAACCAGGAGGACCCGGUACUGGACAGCCUCCUGUACCAACUGUGACUCCGGUUGGAGAAGAGACAGCACGCAAAGCGGCGGCAGCCAGCGGUCCUUUCUACCUAAUGCGCGAGUUACCAGGUACCACAGAACUAACGGGAAGCACAAAUUUGAUCACCCACUACAACUUAGAGCAUGCCUACAAUAAAUUCUGUGGCAAAAAGGUGAAAGAGAAACUCAGCAACUUUCUGCCUGACCUGCCAGGAAUGAUUGAUUUGCCAGGCUCACAUGAUAACAGCAGUUUGCGUUCUUUAAUUGAAAAACCUCCCAUCUGUGGUAGCUCAUUCAACCCCAUCACUGGUACCAUGCUAACAGGGUUUCGUCUCCAUGCUGGCCCGUUGCCAGAACAAUGUCGCUUAAUGCACAUCCAGCCACCUAAGAAAAAAAAUAAGCAUAAACAUAAGCAAAGCCGAACCCAAGACCCUGUUCCUCCAGAAACACCCUCAGAUUCUGAUCAUAAGAAAAAGAAGAAAAAGAAAGAGGAUGAUCCUGAACGGAAAAGAAAGAAAAAAGAGAAAAAGAAAAAGAAGAACCGCCAUAGCCCUGAACAUCCAGGUGUGGGCAGCUCACAAGCCAGUAGCAGUAGCAGCCUCCGGUAGGAUCCUACCCAAGAUUAUAUUAAAGAGAGUUCUCCAUGAAAUGCUACAGACAUGUUGAGAAAAGGAGGAGAAACAAGGAUGGGAAAACCACAGCUUCCUUGUAUAUCUCCUUUUCACCUUUUGGAGCAGUAUAUAAAAGAUUAUAUUGGAUGGAGCUUCAGGACUUCAUAGCUUCCUCUACAAAGAACACAGACUUUGCUUGGGACAUGGAGGCUGAUGCCUUUAUAUGGAAAUUAUGUUUAUUGUUUUGUGUUUUGUAAAAAAAUAUGAUCCUGACUAAGUUGGGAUAUGUUUGUCUCAUUUGAAUUAAAUCUCUGUUGGAGGAGAUGCUAAUGA